GCCGGGUGUCAGACUGGUAAGAUUUAAAAGCCAUAGACGGUACAGACUUUCUGCUUUGGAACUGGACGGCCCGGAGGAUGAGAGCCUUCGUCGAUUCGGUCAGCAGGGCCAUAAUAGCUCUGCAGACGUUUCUCCAUUGGUUGCCUUCACGUUUCUCAAACGCUCUUGCUUCACCCAAUCUGUGCUUCUUCACUAACAUCUAGGAACUCAAAUUCGAGCGUUUCCCGUAAUUUGGGGAAAACUGAAUCGAAUUGAAUUCGUUUCUGAAAUUGAGUUUCCAAGGUUGGACUACGGUUACGGGUAACUGUUAUUGUAAGUUGCUUGCAAUAUGAGAACUGGGGUAUAAAUGGAAGUAUUGGCAAGUUAUUCAGGUAAAUGGUGCAGGACCCCUGUAGGUAAGAUGUGCCGUCACGAUUCUCGGGUCCAUUUAUCUGCCGAGGAGGCAAUUGCUGCUGAAGAGAGUCUUUCAAUAUAUUGCAAGCCUGUUGAGCUCUAUAAUAUUCUACAGCGUCGAGCUUUGCGAAAUCCAUCCUUUCUUCAAAGAUGUUUGCUCUACAAAAUACAGGCAAAGCACAAAAGGAGGAUACUAAUGACCGUAUCCAUUGCUGGGAAUGAAAAUGAUGGCGUGCAAAUGCAGAACCUGUUACCUCUGUAUGUCCUGUUAGUUAGACCUAUUUCUGAUGGUGCAGUAGCAGGGCAUUCUGCAGUUUAUCGCAUCAAUCGGGCAUGCGUUCUAACUACUGCCAGUGAAUUUGACGAAAGGGACCUAAAAGAAGCUAACUUUGUGCUCCCUGAAAUUAAUAAGCUUUCAUCUGAUGCUAGAGCUGGGAAGCUUACCCUCUUACUUGUCUCUUGCGGGGAUACAAAAAAUUUAUUAUGUGGAGGUGGUAUACACAAAGACAGAUUGGAUAUGGCAUCUUUUCCAUCAAAUGUUGGACGAUACAGCCUGUGGGGAAAGAUACCAAUAGAGUCACUCUAUAUGUCAUGGGCAAAGUGUGGAAACUUGAGUUCAGGGCAUAGAGCUGAGAUGCUGUCAUCCUUUGAUAUGCACUCUUGCUUCUUGGAGCCUGGUUGUUUGGAAGAAGGCAAUUCUAUCUCUCUCAAGAUUCCUCAUAACUCCGAAAUUAUGGACUCAUUGCAAAAAGUACAAGUUAAUAUAUCUGCACAGGAGGUUGGGGCAGCAGAAAGAUCUCCUUAUAAUUUGUACACAUAUAACGAUAUCCCUACAUUAUCAAUAUCUCAUAUUAUGCGGUUGAGAGCUGGAAAUGUCAUUUUCAACUAUAGAUAUUAUAACAACACAUUACAAAAAACUGAAGUUACUGAAGACUACUCAUGCGCUUUUUGCUUGGUGAAGUGUGCAAACUUUAAGGGUCUUAGGUGCCACUUGUGCUCAUCACAUGACUUAUUCAACUUUGAGUUUUGGGUGACUGAAGAGUAUCAAGCAGUGAAUGUCUCUGUGAAAACUGAUAUUUGGAGAUCUGAGAUUGUUGCGGAUGGAGUUGACCCAAGGUUGCAAACAUUCUUCUUUUGCUCAAGGCCACGGAAGCGUAGAAGAUUAACAAACGUAGUUCAAAAUGCAAAGCAUGUACACCCGCAAGUCUUGAAGUCGGACUCACCUGAAGUAACUAGGGAUGGUCUUUGUGAGCGAGUUACUGAAAAGGAUGGUUGUACAAGCCCUUAUCCCAUGCCUACUGUGACAUCAAGAGUUGCCGAGCCUUCCAAUCAAAAAAUUCUUAAAAGAUAUGAGAAAGAUGCUCAUUCCAAUAAAGAAGAAAAGGAGAUGGCUCAUAGAGCAGUUCUCAUUGAGAAUACUUUGCAGAAUGAAAACCAUAAGGCAGAAAGCAAUGGUCCUGAGAGUCUUUGUGCUGCAGAUAGCAUAGAACGUGUUGCAUCUAGCCCUAAUAUUACAGGUGUUUCAAUUGCUACAGCUCAGUCUUCUGUGGGUCCUGAAUGUGUUCAAACAGUGUCUGGAAGCAGCCAUGCACCAUCUGCCUGUUUGCAAUUUGCAAAGACUAGAAAGUUGUCUGUUGAACGGGCUGAUCCUAAAAAUCGGACACUCUUGCAAAAGCGGCCAUUCUUCCACUCCCACAGAGCUCAGCCAAUGGAAUUGGAUCAAGUAUUGUCUGAUCGAGAUAGUGAGGAUGAAGUUGAUGAUGACAUUGCAGAUCUUGAAGAUAUAAGGAUGCUUGAUGAUUUUGUGGAUGUGACCAAAGAUGAGAAACAGAUCAUGCAUCUUUGGAAUUCAUUUGUAAGGAAACAAAGAGUCCUUGCAGAUGGCCAUAUUCCAUGGGCAUGUGAGGCAUUCUCAAGACUGCAUGGACAGGACCUUAUCCGAGCCCCCGCCCUUAUUUGGUGUUGGAGGCUGUUUAUGAUUAAGCUAUGGAAUCACAAUCUCCUUGACGGGCGUACAAUGAACAACUGUAACCUAAUUAUUGAGAGAUACCAAACAGAGGGCUCAAAUCCUAAGCAAAUCUGAAGAGGAGUGGACAUUUGCUCCCUCAAACAAAAGCAGAUAGUUAGAGAAGGGAAAUUUUCUUGUCUAAUUCACUAAUUUCAUGGCCCCGCUCAUGUAAUUUAUUCCAGUUUUUUCUUUCAAAGGUUCUUCCUAUUUUUAAUUGUUGGGCCAGAUAAGAACCUAUCAUUCUUUGAGAUAGGUAAAAAAGA